AUGGCAGGAACAGUAGAAAACGCAAAGGCGAAAGCCAAAGAAGUUGCUUCCGAGGAUUUCAACAAAGCCCGCAGUCUCGCAGAAUCCGCAGCAAAGUCGGGGGCUUAUUUGUACCCUAUUAAAGGCAUAUUUUACUUCCUGUCCCACCGCUCAUUAUGGAAACCACUCCUGUCAAAGCUCGUCCCAACGCUGUCGUUAUCAGCCGGCGUGAUCGCCUUCAUGUUCGUUUUCGCAUACCUCCCCCAACUGGCCGUCUUGGUAUUCGUCAAUGGACCGCUCGCGGCAUUCACGACGAUCCUUCUCACGCUGAGCGAAAGCUCUACACUCAUCAACAUUAUUUCGCGAAACUUUUUGCUCCAAGACGCAUUGGUUGAUACAUUUGACGGUGUGUUGGUUGCUCGAAACCAGACCGGUGUAGUAUCCGAGGGUCGUCAGAUUAAAUCUGGAAACUUCAAUGAUCCUAUGGCGAAAAUGGGCAAAAUUUUGAAGUCUCCUUUCGAGAAGUUCACUCCAAAAGCUCUCAUCAGAUACGUCAUGUAUCUACCACUCAACUUCAUUCCAGUUGUUGGGACUGUAAUUUUCGUUUUGCUACAAGGUAGAUCCAGAGGAGAUUCUGUUCACUCUCGUUACUUUCAAUUGAAGAAGUGGAACAAUUCCCAACGAGAGCAGUGGCUGAAGGAGCAUACCGCUCCGUAUACUGCAUUCGGAACCGUGGCAACCUUACUUGAGCUUGUCCCAUUCGCUUCUAUUCUCUUCUCAUUUACGAACACUGUCGGUGCCGCACUGUGGGCAGCAGAUAUUGAGGCCAGGGAUACUACCAUGACCGAGGUUCAAGGUAGCCCAGGAGAGGAACUCAAAAAGACAACUUAA